AACUGUUCAAUAACGUUAUCUUUUGGUAUAAAUCACACAUGUAUAAACAAAGCCACAUUUAAUAAAUUAACACACUAGUCUGAGAUCACUACCUUAUAUCUAAAAUAUGAUAAUAAUUCCUGUUCCAUUUGGACAUUAGUCAAAGUCAAUUGUUCGAUGACAAGGUGAAACAGUAUGUUAUGAGUGAGAUAUAGCCCGAGGACUACUCGAAACAGAGGUGACCUUCAAAGGUACAUUUGCUAAAUUACAUAUAGGACAGGCAAACUGAGAGAAAUAAGAGACGAGAUGGCAACAUUUACCCUACUAGUGUCUGCUAUUGUUAUUGUAAUGUGCUAUGCAGAUAAGGAAGUAAAUUUGGGCUCUGGAUCUACAGAUUGUGGACAAAAGCCUAUAAUCAUGGCCAAGGAAGAAAAACUCAGCAUUCACUCUAAAGGUAAUGCUAAGGAUGGUUUUUGUAGCAUCGUGCUCCACGCCAUGGAGGACACCUCAGCAAACUGUCCCUACAGAUCUUUCUGUGUAGCUGUCAAUCAGAUGACAAUGUCCUCCUGCACUGCUAAGAUUUUCUUAACAGGAACGUCGUAUGAUGUACUUGGAAUCAAGUCUAAGGAGAUUAGUUGUUUCACCAAUAUUUACGGUGCCUGGUGUACACAGUCUAAAUCUUUGGAGAUCUCUGUACUAGAGGACCCAAAAACCACAGCUAGUAAUUAUGGAUUUAAUAUGACAGUCAUGUCAGAAUGUAGACAAACAUCGUCAGGAGAAUUUGAUCCAGUCAAAGAUAGUACCAGCAAAAAACUUGACGAGAUUGAAGCAGAAAUGAACCAAAACAGAAUUAUAGGCGUGGUCGUUGGUAUAUCUCUGGCUUGUAUGUUCCUAAUUAUCAUGUUUGUGUCUUACCAAUACUACAAGAACAAGCCUACAUACAGACAACAACGUGAUUGUUAAUAGUUAUGUGUUUAGGUUGUAACUUCAGGGAAAAUCCACGAGAUGUGUCGGACACAAUAAUAGGAAAAGAUGUUAGUUAUUUUCGCAGAGAUGCAUAAUAAGUUGUAACAUCUUUGUUAGUCCAAACCACAUGUGGAUCUGUUUCCCACCACCAUAACUACACUUUUAUUUCCAUGCCUACUAUAAAAUAUUUUAUGGAAUUUUUUGAUUGUAUUGUUAAAAUUUAGAAUUUUUGGAUAUGUACCAUUGAAAUCUACUGUAUAAGGUUCGUUUUAAAAAAGUACCGAUCUUUUCGGGUCUUUCAUUUCUGAAGCCAAGAAAGAGGUAUAUGAAUAUAUUAGCCUUUUAUUAUUUAAACAUUGAAUCUUUGUUUUUUAAUAUGAUAAGACCAUAUAUAUUUGUGAUGAGAAUAUAUCAAUUGAACAUGUCUUUUUACAGACGACUAUUGUGUAUUUUUUCACUUCUUUCUGUUCUAAUUUGCAUAUUUUAUAUUAGUGUUCUAUAAGAAAUUGUAACAUAUGUAUGUUGUUUUAUAGGGAAUAUAAAGGAUUCUGUGUUGAGAGAUAUGAAUGUUUGUUUGUUGAUGAAUUUUUAAAUGCAAUAAUUGUGGAUAUACAUUUAAAAUGUGAUACAUGUAUUUGUUACUGGAUUUUUUUAAUUACUUUUAACAAACGGAUUCAUUUACAUUCCUUGUUACCAUAAAAACUCAUACGGAUUUUUCUAGGAAAAUUUAGAUGAAAAGAAUAAUUAUAAUCUUAUACUUCAUGUUUUAAGGACAUGCAUGGGAUUUUUUUUUUAUUCAUUUUCUAGUAGAAAGAAAAGGGAAUUUAUUUUGCCCUUAACAUCUACAAAACAAAACUCAAACAAAAUGUUGUAUUGAUGUAAAUAUUUCUUAAAAAUACAACACAAAAAAGGAAAACAUGUCACUUUCAUCUUUUAUUUUUUCAAUAAAUUAAACGAUCUCUAUGCAAGAAUAAGCUAAAUAAGAGACAGACUGAGUUGUUUUAUCUAAUUAUGCAUAUGUUUUGCAAAAUACUAUGAUAUUAUCAAUCAAAUGUUGUUGUUUUUUUAUACUAAUUGUAUAUUUUCACAUUUUAUUGUCCUUCAAGGUUAACAUUUAUUGGUUAUUUUUUUUUGAGUAAAAUUUCAUAAUAUAAACAAGUUAAGCGAAUUUCUAGUCCUAAAGAAACAUCUUUAUCUUAACCUUACGGGUUGGAGCUUACAUUUAACUGCGUUGCUUUACAGAGUUAAACUUAGAACCUUCCGAAUUCUGUACAAUGUAAAAUAUCUUGCAAUCGAUAUCAUGUAUAAUAAAAAAGGUUUCAACUUUUCAUUGUGUAAAAAUUGUUAAACAUUUGAUCAUAAAUCAUUGUAGAUUUUACUGACUAGUUUUGCUACUGAAUAAAACAUGUUUCAUA